GCUUCAAAAUUUAGUUUUGUGGAACAUUUUGUUAUUUAUAUUCUUUAUAAGUAAACCAUCUAUCAAUGGUCAAAUGAAUGAUGUGUUGGAACUGAAAAAUAGCACUAUUGUAAUUUCAAUUCUCGUCAGGAAUAAAGCACAUACACUCCCAUACUUUUUAACAUGUCUGGAGAGGUUAGAUUAUCCAAAAGAUCGGAUAAUGCUGUGGAUUCGGAGUGAUCAUAAUGAGGACAACUCAGUGGAGAUCCUACAGCGUUGGUUGAGUGUUUGGUCCAGUCAUUACCAUGCUGUAGAUGUGGAGGUGGUACCCUCGCCUCCCUACCACCCCGGGGAGGACGGUCCUGCGCACUGGCCACACGCACGCUACUCUCACCUCAUCAAUCUACGUGAACAAGCUCUCAAGUUCAGUCGAGAUGUGUGGGCGGACUAUGUCUGGUUUCUAGACUGUGAUGUGUUUGUGACAAACCCUCAAACACUUGCUGAGCUUGUGAAGAAGCACCAUGCUGUCACUGCUCCGAUGUUGCGUUCCGACGGGCUCUACUCUAACUUCUGGUGUGGGAUGACUGAAGACUAUUACUACACUCGAACUGAAGACUAUGAGCCAAUACUCAACAGGCAGCGGUCAGGAUGUUUUGCUGUUCCGAUGGUUCACUCGUCAGUGUUGGUAGACUUGCGAACCGUACAGUCUGACAAACUACACUUUGACCCUAAGCUGGUCGACGGCUACAACGGACCACACGAUGACAUCAUCACAUUCGCUCUAUCUGCUAACUUGUCAGGUUUGCCGCUGUAUGUGUGCAAUGAUCUGAUCUACGGCUAUGUCAUGGUUCCACUCGAGAGGGAUGACACACUUAACUACGACAAGCUGCAACUAACCAACCUGAAACUGGAGAUCAUGGUUGAAAGCCCACCACUACCAGUGAGUGAGCUACUAGCAGACUACACCAGCCUGCCGCCACGCGACACACUAGGAUUGGAUGAGGUGUUCAUGAUAAACCUGGUGCGACGACCAGAGCGGAGACACAGGAUGGAACACUGCUUUGCCGAGCUCGGUCUCCGAGUAACUGUAGUAGACGCUGUGGAUGGCAAAGAACUGACUGAUGAUGAUUUGAAGGAGUUGGGAGUUUCACUCAUGGAAGGUUACACGGAUCCUUACCAUAAGAGGCCUAUGAAACGAGGGGAAAUCGGUUGCUUUCUUAGUCAUCAUGCUAUCUGGCAAAGAGUUGCUGAAAGUACGAAUGAAGUAGUCAUGGUGUUGGAAGAUGAUGUUCGAUUUGAACCGUUCUUUCGGCAAAAAGUGGAGUCUUUGUUGGAGGAACUGAAAACUCUAGAUCUCAGCUGGGAUUUGGUAUACUUGGGCCGUAAGAGGCUGCAAGAGAAGGAUGAGUUGUUUGUGCCAGGCUCCAAGAUGCUGGUGAAGCCCAACUACUCGUACUGGACCCUGGGCUACCUGCUGUCUAGGUCUGGGGCCAAGAAACUGCUGGAAGCCGACCCGUUGUCUAACCUGCUACCAGUGGACGAGUACUUACCCAUACUGUACGACAAGCAUACAGAAGAGAAGUGGAAAGCCAACUUCCCUGUGCGUAACUUGCAAGUGUUCUCUGCUGAGCCGUUGAUCAUCUACCCUGUGAGAUACUUGUAUGAGGAAGGCUAUCACAGCGACACCGAGGACUCUCCCCCCGCCGUGACCCUGCCAGCUCCGCCAAGAGACGAUCUGUAGUUCUACAAUACCACUAUAAGUACCAAAUAUUUAAGUUGUAGUACUCGUAUUGUAUAAGUUUUGACUUAGACACUCUAAUGGUGUAGACUUUACAUUCACAUGUAAACACUGUCUCUGUCUCAUGUAAAUGUUUCAGAAUGAGAAAGGACAUCCAGGUUCAGUUUAGCUAUCGUCACAGUGUGAAGCUGGAAAUUAUGGGUAUCUUUCUUGUGGACCGACAUCUUAAUCAUGCAAAAAGGAAAGCGCAAUAGACAUAGACAUAUUUUACAAUCUAUUGUAAACUGAGAGUUUACUUGAAAAAGGAUAGAAUUAACAAGAUCAGCCCAGUCCAGGGGCUAAUUAAUAGAUGCACAGUGAGAGUGAAAUUUCACAAACUUUGACACUGAUAUUUU